AUAUAUAUACAUAAUUAGACAAAAGCUGUCGUAUCGGGAUAAGAAAACAUAACGAGGAAGUUGAAAGGAAUCGGUACAUUCUGUCUAAAUUAAUCGAUUGUGUACAGUGUUGUGGUGCUUUUGAAUUGGCAUUACGUGGGCACGAUGAAACUAGAGUCAUCUUUAAAUCCAGCAGUGUUUAGGGGCCUAGUGGAUUUUGAAUCAAGUAUAGACAGUGCAAUGGAGAAGCAGGUGAAAACUGCAGCAGUGUUUAAGGGCACUUCAAAACCCAUUCAGAAUGAACUGCUGGACGGCAUGCUGGACGUGACUAGGGAGCACAUUGUCCAGCAGUUGAGAAGCACCAAAUAUGUGGCUGUACAAGCUGACCAUACCACUGAUGUGUCGACAGUGUCAGUCAGUACUGGUUUAUCGGUAUAUUGAUGGAAACGGUAAAGUUGUUGGAAGUUUUUACAUUUAAAAGACUCUUGUGCAGCUUUGCUUGAUCAACUUAACUUGGUUUUCCCGGAGCACUGUGAUAAACAGAACCUGAUUGCUCAAUGCUACCAUGGUGCCAGUGUGAUGCGUGGAGAAACUGGCAGGGGUUCAAAGGAAGGUGAAGGACAGAUACCCGAAUGUGCAUUAUGUUCAUUGCUGUGCCCACCAGCUAUACCUAAUCAUGGAGCAAGCUGUAUCUAAAAUCUCGCAAGUUACAAUUUUCUUUUGCGAUUUGUCUGGCGUUCCGGCAUUCUUUUCGCACUCACCAAAGAGUACUAUUGUAUUGAAUGCCAUAGUAAGCAGACUUCCGAGAGGGGCAGCAACACCAUGGAAUUUCAGUUUUCAGACAGUUAAUGCAGCCUACGAGCACGGAGAAGACAUCCUCGAAUGCUUUAAGACAAUUGAAAGUUCAGGAGAUUGAGUCCAGCGCUAUUCAUGAGGGGUUUAUUCGGAUGCUGGAAGAUGGGGACUCCUUUUUUUUCUUCUUCUUUUUUUGAUCUAAUGCCCCAUGUUGACGUGUUAUACAGUCAACUCCAGAAACGAGACAUUGACAGAGUCCAUAUUGAGAGAGUUACUACAGAGUUUAUUAGGAGUAGCAACAACGUGCGUGAAUACAUUGACGAUCUGGGUUCAAAAUUGCCAGCACCCAGACGCAGAACCGAAGUGAAGAAAGUGGAGUAAGUGACUAAAGAAGUGUGCGACAUAAUAAUUGUCAAUGCAGAGGAACGCUUUGAAUUCAUAAAACAUCUGGGGAGUGCAAAGUUAUUGCAAAGUGAAUUGUUUGAAAGACACAACCAAUGCUUUCCAAUGCAAGCAUUAACCGACACAGUGCAAGCAUAUCUGAUGCUUAACAAAGACUGAACUUUCUGUUAUAUAUGGGCAGCCAGAAUGUCGUUGUGCUUGUGUUGCUAUGGCUCUAUUUCGGUUGUUUCUUUAAAAUAUCACAACACCCAUGACAACGGCAGAAUCUGAGAAGUUUUUCAACUCUAAAGAGGAUAAAAAAAUAAAAUUAAGAAACACAAUGAACCAGGAUCGACUCAACGCACUGGCAAUGCUGUCAAUAGACAAACAGCUGAUCCACGAAAUACCAGACUUCAACAAGAGAACCAUUGAGUAGUUUGCUACCCUUAAAGGUCGUCAGGCAAAAUUCCUGUAUAAGUAGGAGGUCCUGGGAUACAAAAUCGACCAUCAAGUUUCAGUUUACAUAGUAGCAGUAUUAGAAUACAUCUCUGCCGAUAUUUUGAAACUGGCUGGGAAUUAUGUACGGAACAUCAGACACUACGAAAUCUCACAGCAGGACAUUAAGGUGGCAAUGUGUGCUGAUAAGGUGCUUAUGGACAUGUUCCACCAGGAUGAGGAGGACAUCAGUGGGUGGGCCCUCAUGGACGAGGAGCCCUCCACCUCUGGGGAGCAGAUGUACUACGACCUGGUCAAGACCUUUAUGGCCGAGGUCCGCCAGUACUUGAGGGACCUGAACCUUAUCAUCAAGGUCUUCAGGGAACCGUUUGCUUCCAACACCAAGCUCUUCUCCCCACACGAUGUUGAGAACAUAUUCAGCCGCAUUGUAGAUAUUCACGAGCUCACUGUUAAACUGCUGGGCCUUAUUGAGGACACAGUAGAGAUGACAGAUGAAGGGAGUCCUCAUCCUUUGGUUGGAAGCUGCUUUGAAGAUUUGGCUGAGGAGCUGGCGUUCGAUCCCUAUGAGACUUAUGCACAGGACAUCCUUCGCCAGGGCUUCCACGACCAUUUCCUCAGCCAGCUGUCAAAGCCAGGGGCAGCUCUCUAUUUACAGUCUACAAGUGAAGGGUUUAAAGAAGCUGUCCAGUAUGUCCUCCCCAGGCUGCUUUUAACUCCGGUUUACCACUGUCUCCACUACUUUGAAAUUUUAAAGCAAUUAGAAGAAAAGAGUGAAGAUGAAGAGGACAAGGAAUGUUUGAAACAGGCAAUAACGGCUCUGCUUAACCUCCAGAGCAGCAUGGAGAGGAUAUGCUCCAAAAGCUUGGCAAAGCGACGACUGAGUGAGUCAGCCUGUCGGUUUUACAGUCAGCAGAUGAAGGGCAAGCAGCUGGCCAUCAAGAAGAUGAACGAGAUCCAGAAGAACAUCGACAGCUGGGAGGGCAAAGACAUCGGGCAGUGCUGCAACGAGUUCAUCAUGGAGGGGACGCUGACGCGGGUGGGUGCCAAGCACGAGCGCCACAUCUUCCUCUUCGAUGGGCUGAUGAUCUGCUGCAAGUCCAACCACGGGCAGCCCCGGCUCCCGGGCGUCGGCACCGCGGAGUACCGGCUCAAGGAGAAGUUCUUCAUGCGCAAGGUGCAGAUCAACGACAAGGACGACACAGGCGAGUACCGGCACGCCUUCGAAAUCAUCCUGAAGGACGACAACAGCGUGGUGUUUGCUGCCAAGUCUGCCGAGGAGAAGAACAACUGGAUGGCGGCACUCAUCUCCCUGCAGUACCGCAGCACCCUGGAGCGCAUGCUGGACCUCACCAUGCUCCAGGAGGAGAAGGAGGAGCAGAUGAGGCUGCCCACCCCCGACAUGUACCGCUUUGCAGAGCCUGACUCCGAGGAGAACGUUGUCUUCGAGGAGAAUGUGCAGUCCAAGUCGGGCAUCCCCAUCAUCAAGGCUGGCACCGUGGUGAAACUCAUUGAGAGGCUCACCUACCAUAUGUAUGCAGAUCCUAAUUUUGUACGAACAUUUUUAACAACAUAUCGAUCGUUUUGCAAGCCACAAGAACUUCUCAAGCUACUAAAAGCAAGGUUUGCAAUUCCAGAGCCCAACCCAACUGAGGCUGACAAGGCUGCUGUGGAGAAUGGAGACCAGCCCCUGAGCGCAGAGCUGAAGCGCUUCAGGAAAGAGUACGUCCAGCCAGUGCAGCUCAGAGUUUUGAAUGUUUGCAGACACUGGGUGGAGCACCACUUUUACGAUUUUGAGAGGGACGCCGGCCUGCUACGAGAAUUAGAAGAAUUUAUAGGAAAGGUCAAAGGUAAAGCAAUGAGAAAAUGGGUUGAAUCUAUCACUAAAAUUAUCCAGAGGAAAAAACAGGCGCAAGCAAAUGGACCAAAUCACAACAUUACCUUUGAAAGCUCCCCUCCGCCUAUAGAAUGGCACAUAAGCAAACCUGGCCAGACGGAGCAUUUUGACCUGCUGACGCUGCACCCCAUUGAGAUCGCACGGCAGCUCACCUUACUCGAAUCGGACCUCUACAGGGCUGUGCAGCCAUCAGAGCUGGUGGGCAGUGUGUGGACAAAAGAAGACAAGGAAAUCAACUCUCCCAACCUCCUCAAAAUGAUUAGGCACACAACCAACCUCACACUGUGGUUUGAAAAGAGCAUUGUGGAAACUGAAAACCUGGAAGAACGGUCGGUGGUGGUGGCUCGAAUAAUCGAGAUCCUGCAGGUUUUCCAGGAGCUGAACAACUUUAACGGUGUCCUGGAGGUUGUGAGUGCCAUGAACUCCUCCCCUGUGUACAGGCUGGACCACACGUUUGAGCAAAUCCCAAGCCGGCAGAGGAGGAUUCUAGAGGAAGCUCACGAGCUGAGUGAAGACCACUAUAAGAAAUAUUUGGCUAAGCUCCGGUCUAUCAACCCACCCUGCGUGCCUUUCUUUGGAAUUUAUUUAACUAAUAUCUUGAAGACCGAGGAAGGCAAUCCAGAUUUUCUGAAGAGACAUGGGAAGGACUUGAUCAACUUCAGUAAAAGGAGGAAAGUUGCUGAAAUUACAGGAGAGAUUCAGCAGUACCAGAAUCAGCCCUAUUGCUUACGAGUGGAAAACGACAUCCGAAGGUUCUUUGAAAAUUUGAAUCCCAUGGAAGAUAAAAUGGAAAAGGAAUUUGAUGAUUAUUUGUUCAAUAAGUCAUUGGAAAUAGAGCCUCGCAAUGCCAAGUCAUUACCUAGAUUUCCUAAGAGAUACAGCUGUCCCAUGAAGUCUCCUGGCGUACGACCCUCAAUCGUUAGGCCCAGUACCGUGAGACACCCGACUCCGCUGCAGAACGAGCCGCGCAAAAUCAGUUACAGCCGAAUCCCCGACAGCGAAAUGGAAAGCACACCGUCCGCCCCUAACUCUCCUCGGACACCCCUGACUCCACCCCCGGCGUCCACCGCAUCCAGCACAACGGACAUCUGCAGCGUCUUCGACUCUGGCCCGCCCAGCCCCUUCCAUUCAAACAGCGAAACCAUCUUUGCCUCAGUUUCACUGCCCCACGGCCCAAGAUCUUCUUCUGUCUCAUCAAUAGUUAGCUUUAACAGAAGCCAGGAGGACGGUCCUGUCCCUCCACCAGUUCCCCCAAGGAGGCGGCCAGAUUCAGCCCCAGCAGAAUCCUCUCCUUCAAAGAUUAGGUCUAAGCACUUGGACAGCCCUCCCGCCAUUCCUCCCCGGCAGCCCACAUCGAAGGUGUACUCCCCGCGGUACCCCCUGCCAGACCGGACCUCUGUGUCAGAGCCCCCGGACAGUCCGCCCACACUGCCACCGCGGGAGCCCGUGAGGACACCGGAUGUCUUCUCCAGCUCUCCACUACACCUGCAGCCCCCGCCCUUGGGGAGGAGGAGCGAACUGAGCCAGACCUUCUUCCCAAGCAGCCCCUUGCCCUUCACCCCUCUCCCCCCGCAGACGCCCUCCCCACUGGGCACCCGCAAGCACCUGCCGUCCCCGCCCUUGAUAUCCCAGGACUCUGAGCCCCACGGCACGGCCGGCCCUCCCGUCCCGCCCCGACAGAGCACCUCCCAGACCAUCCCCAAGCUUCCCCCCAAAACCUACAAAAGGGAGCACACACUUCCGUCGAUCCAUCGGGACGGGCCACCUUUGCUGGAGAAUGCCCACUCAUCCUAAUUGGAGGGGCCGGGACACGGCCUUGAUAACACUAAAGACUUGGGAGCCAGUGCAGGCUCUACCUGUGACCUAACCUUCAAGAAGAUUGUUUUUUUUUUUAUUACAGUAAAACCAAGGACUUUGCCUGCCCUUUACUGUAUUAUUAUUAUUAUUAUUAUUAUUAUUAUUAUUAUUAUUAUUAUUUUUUUUUUUUUAUUUUUUUUUUAAGACUCAUUUUGGUGAACCAUCGGCAACAGCGGAGGCAAACAAACAAAAAGAGGACAAAAUGGCAGUUUAUUGCUGUUUAAAA